AUGGCCACAGAAAAGCUUCUCUCCGUCGAAGAGAUCUCCGAACAUAACACACCAGACGACUGCUGGAUUGUCGUAGACGGCAAUGUAUGGGACUUGACUGAAUUUGCUCCCGAGCAUCCUGGGGCACCGGAAAGCAGGUCCCUUCACUCCCCGUCUGAGGAGUUGUUACCCUUCUGAUCACCUUGGCAGUCAUAUGGACCCACGCCGGCCGCGACGCAACGACCUCCUACUCCUCCGUCCAUCCACUCUCCCUCCUAUCGAAGAGCCUCUCUCCCUCGAAAUUAAAAGGUCGUCUCGAUACCUCAACCAUAACAAAAGACUGGGUCAAACCUCCUCCCACGAUCACACCCCAAUUACGAUUGAACGAAAAACCACCGCUCUCCUCCAUCAUCAACGCCCAAGAUUUCGAAUCUGUAGCCGAAAGAACUAUCGCCAAAAAGACAUGGGCGUUCUAUUCUUCCGCAGAUACGGGUUGUCUGACAAGAGAUAGGAACCAGGAAUACUUUGGACGGAUUCUAUUUAGGCCGAGAUUGCUGAGGGAUGUCAAGGGCGUUGAUACAAGGACCACGGUUCUAGGACAUGAAGUGAAUGUUCCCAUAUUCGUGGCGCCUGCUGCUAUGGUAAAACUCAUACACCCGGAAGGAGAAAAAGCUAUUGCGAGAGGUUGUUUGAGGGAGAAAAUCGCACAGGGAAUAAGUACGAACGCUUCUUUCCCGGUCGAAGAGAUCGUGCAGAGUAUCCCGGGUGGAGGACAUGCAUUUUUCUUUCAGCUCUAUGUGAACAAGGAUCGUCGAAAGUCUGAAGAGCUGUUGAGACAUGUACGAAGUCUCGGAAUCAAUACCCUUCUCGUCACAGUUGAUGCUCCUAUGCCAGGAAAGAGAGAAGCAGACGAGAGAGUCAAGAUGGAUGAGAGUUUGAGUACUCCUAUGAGUGGACAGAAAGGUAGCAAUGAUCGGAGAGGAGGCGGGAUCGGGCGAUUAAUGGGAGGAUACAUUGCUCCUGAUUUUACCUGGGAUGAGUUCGGGUGGAUAAGAAAGCAUUGGGGUGGGAAGGUUGUUGCAAAAGGCGUUCAGAGUUGGCAAGACGCGAAGAUGUGUGCCGAAUUCGGUUUGGAUGGAGUUCUUUUGAGUAAUCAUGGAGGGAGGAAUUUGGAUACGUAAGUUCUUCAAGCUUUUUCUUGGGGUGAGUACUAAUGAAAGAUAAUAGGUCACCUCCGGCUAUCUUGACUUUACUGGAAUGUCAAGCCAAUUGUCCAGAGAUCUUUUCGAAGCUGGAAGUCUUGGUAGACAGCGGGAUCAGACGAGGCAGCGAUGUGCUCAAGUGUCUGUGUUUGGGUGCGACCGCCGUUGGCUUGGGUCGGCCAUUCCUCUUCGCUUCAAACUACGGAGAAGAAGGCGUUGAGCAUCUAAUCGAUAUUAUCAGAACGGAGUUGGCAACAGCGAUGGCUUUGAUCGGCAUUACGGAUCUCAGUCAAUGCGAGCCCGGGCUUGUCAGUACGUUGGAACUGGAUCCGCUGGUCAGUAGAGGAGAAGACCACCCCUACGCGAAGGGCAGGAGAAUGGAGCAUUACAAGACGUACAGGGAAGGCAGAGCAAAACUGUAG